UUAGUGUUGCAUCAUGUGAGCACCAAGACUGAGUACGUGUCUGCACUUGCUGGGGCGGACCUCAGGAGGUGGCUGCCCGGCCAACAACAGAAGCUCCAGUUCUCCAUGACAUUACCCACUAACGCUCCUCUCGGCAACUAUCAGGUGUUGCUGCUCCUGCCUGACGGGGAUUCUCAGCUAAGGAACAGACCAGAGUAUAACAUAGUUAUCAGCAACAUGAUUUACUCUGAUAGUCCUGGUCGUCGCCUGAACUUGGUGGGGUCCUUCAACGCUGUGCCAUAACGUUUAACCUAUCAGAAAAGUUUAUUGUAUAAAGUCUUAUACAAGUUAGAAUCCCAAUAAGUAAGCUCGGUUUGUAUUUACAGACUUCGGGAUGACUAAUUCGAUCUUGCACCAGUGAUAAAUGACUUAUUUCACAGUAGCUUAAACAUAACCUGCGUGUCCAGCACUUGUUAAUGUGGCUGUGAGGACAGAUGAUAUUGUGGGCCUUUUUAUCAAAAUAAACCUUUACAUAAGUGCAGUAGAAGGCUCUCAAAUAUAUAAUCAAUAUAUAGGUACACCCGGGCCAUAAUAUUAAAAAAAAGUUUAUUUGAAUUAUAAUAUAAUAUAAUUAUACAUAAAACAGUGCACAGGUCUUUAUAAGUUAGAAUAAUGGUCUUACCAGCGGUCUCAUGUCUCAACCACAAUAAACAGAACAUAAACAAUUAUGACCUCAAAUUCAGGUUCAAUAUUAAUCCUAGACUAUAAGAGAGAAUGCAAGCAGUCAAUGUCUAACACGUGCACUAAAGUUAAGCUUGUAAUUAAAAUUAAUUAAAUCACAAAAUGUCAA